AGAUUCAAGAUCCAAAAAUGUCUGUUAAAACAUUAGGUCUAUUUGUAACAAUAUCUAUUAUAAUCAAUAAAUCGUUUGCACAAAUAGCGAAUAUAACUACGACAUUAUCGAACGUUGCAGAAGAUGGUUUGUUAAACUUUACGGAACUAGCCGAAAAAUAUGGAUACCCGGCUAAUGUACACGAUGUCACCACAGAAGAUGGAUACAAAUUGAAGCUUUUCAACAUUCCUGGAGAUAAGAGUAGACCAGUUCUACUAGUUCACGGAGUAUUUGGGACCGCUGAUGACUACAUCAUCAGAGGAAAUUCGUCUUUAGCCAUCAUUCUGGCUAAGCUUGGGUUUGAUGUCUGGGCUAUGAACGUCAGAGGAUGCAGGUACUCUAGAAAUCAUCGGUUUUAUAACCCAGAUAACGGGAAGGAUUUUUGGGACUACAGCGUCCACGAACUCGGGGUUUAUGAUCUAGCAUCGAACGUCGACUACGUCCUGAACGAGACGGGUCAGUCUCAACUCAGCAUUGUAGGAUUCUCAGAGGGAACUACUAUGACCAUUGUUCUGGGUUCAGAAAAACCUGAAUACAACUCUAAAAUUAAGGUGUUCAUAGCACUGGCUCCGAUAUGUCAUUUACAGAAUGCAGUCGGACCACUGGCUUCUUUAAUACGAGUUGGCACGUUCCUCGAUAGAUUUUUGGCUAUCUUCAAUGUAGAAGAGGUUCUUGGCUACAGUUCUGUAGCGAAGGGUAUCAUGAACUUACUCUGCACUCAAUUGCCCAUAAGUUUUCAAUUGUGCAUGGACGGGACGGUAGCACCGCUCAUUGGUGCAAACUCUGAUGACAUAGAAAAGGAAUUCUUUCCCAUAGCAAUAGCUCACUUCCCAGCAGGUACAUCUAGAAAGAAUCUGGUACAUUUCGCCCAGAUUGGAAGUAGUAAGAUCUUCGGUCAGUUCGACUACGGGCGCCCGAAGAACUACAAUAUGUACAAGUCUUUUACUCCGCCAAACUACGACCUGAGUAAAGUGACAAUGGACGUGGUGCUUGUAUCGGGGAAGAAUGACAGGGUUUCGACUCUUGAGGACACGGAGUUGCUGAAGGAGAAGUUGCCAAAUGUGAAGGAGCACAUCAUCUUGCAGCCGGAGAGUUUCAACCACCUGGAUCACAUGUGGGGCCGUAGCUGCUCCGAAGUAUCUUACCCUUAUAUUGUGCAGAUUCUGGAAAGCUAUAAUUAAAUUACAUUUUAAUGAA